UUGGCUUCCACCCACACAUUCAACACUGGAAAAAGGAGCGUGCCACGGUCCAGCUGCUAUGGAUAACUGAUGCUGGGGCACAAACUUCACAGAAAACUUCCUCGAGCUCAGUGCUUGCCUUAACUAUUGAAGGUGAAAUGGCAAGCCUGCAGAAUCUGAUUUGCUCCGUAUCCAAACAAUUGGUUGCCCCGAAUUAUGCGGUGACUGCCAAACUGAAUGGGGCUCCACCCUCGGUUGUCUCAGCAAGCUCAAGCGGAGCAUCCUCUGAUCAAAAGAAUGUCACGAAAAGGCAGUUAGCUUUGCUUGGUGCUGGAGUGUUAGCCACUGGCCUACUGAAGACAAGCUCUGCAAUUGCUGAAGAAGUACCGAAGAAUUACAAGUCUUAUGUGGAUGCGAAAGACGGAUACUCGUAUCUUUAUCCAGCUGAAUGGAGGGAUUUCGACUUCUUGGGUCACGAUUCAGCAUUCAAAGAUCGUAAUCUGGCUCUUCAGUGUGUCCGUGUGGGAUUUAUUCCUACUGAGAAAACAGAUAUCCGUGACCUAGGACCAAUGGAUGAGGCCAUCUUCAAUUUGGUAAACAACGUUUAUGCUGCCCCAAAUCAAAUACCGUCCAUCUAUGACAUGCAAGAGCGCACGGUGGACGGCAAGAACUACUGGACGUUUGAGUACGAUCUGGAGGCACCGGGCUACGGCGUUUCUGCCUUUGCAACGGUCGCCAUUGGAAACGGCCGGUACUACACGCUGAUCGUGACCGCGAACGAACGCCGGUGGAGCAGGCUGCGGAACAGGCUCAAGGUCGUCGCGGAUUCUUUCAAGAUCUCGGAUCUGACCGCGUGAUUGCUCGCUUUCUUCGUUAACUAUAAUGUAAUACGGUCUCAUGAGUCAUGGUACAUGUACUCAUGGUGAAGGGAAAUGGUGUACCUUCCGUGGUGAUAAUCCGCGCGCUCCUAAUCAUGCUUGAAAUGGAUCAUUAGGUGCAAAUAAAAGGUCAUAAACUGAUUGCGACUGUUUUGUACA